UACCCUUUCCUCUGUCAUCUCUAGAUUUUGAUAGCGACCCACGCAGCUUUCUUCCUCCCUGCAAAAUCUCUCACAAAAAAAAAAAAAUAAUAAAAAUAUAUAUAUAUAUAUAUAAUAUUCCCAUUAAGAAACUCAUUUCUUUUUGGCAUAUCAGCUGCACAAACACAAAGAUUUUCAAGAAAGUUAUCUUCUUGUUCUUGGUUUCCACCACUUUCUUGAUAUUUUAAGGUAAUUUUCAGUUCUUGAUUGUUGGGUACUUAGUAAAUAUGUCUGUUAAGAAACCCUUUUGAUUUGCUUGUAUUUGUGUAAAACCUAUUAGGGUUUAUUGGAUGUUCAAAGAAACUGUUAGUAAUAUGGUGUUUUCUUGAUUUUUGUUAGCUCAAAUGUAGAGAAAGAUAAAAACCUAGUACCAAAAAUAGUAAAUUUUAGGUUCUUGGUAGAAAAAAAAAUUAAAAAAAAUCCAAUCUUGAUUUGUAUAGAUAGGAAUAUAUACUGUUUGUUGGAUUAUGGCUUUUGAUCAGAAUUCAGUACCCAAAGAUUUGCGCCCACUGAACAUUGUUAGGACAGUGCCUGAAGACUCAGGUAUUGCUCCUGUGACCUCGUCGGGUCGACCCGUUGAGGGGUUUUAUGGUAACCCGACCCGGGAUGUUGGAGGUAGUCCCGGGACUAUACCCGGGGUUUAUUACCCUACCAGUGUAGGUUUAGGGUUUACCAAUGCAGGUCCAGGGGCAGCCGGGUGGGUCCCGCAGGUCGUGCCUUCACAGCAGCCACCGGGUGUUGUGAGUAGCCUUGGUGUUAUGAAUUCAGGAAAUGGGUCGUCGCAGAAUUUGCAUUCCGGGGCACGGGUUGAUAGUAAUGCGCCUGAUCGUGCUAGUGAUGAUGGUUCGGUGUCGGGGAGGAAAGUUAAGUUUUUGUGCAGUUUUGGUGGGAGGAUAAUCCCGAGGCCGAGUGAUGGGGCAUUGAGAUAUGUGGGUGGACACACUAGGAUUAUUAGUGUUAGGAGGGAUGUGAGUUAUGCUGAACUUGUUCGCAAGAUGGUAGAUACGUAUGGGCAGGAUGUGGUGAUUAAGUACCAAUUGCCUGAUGAGGAUCUUGAUGCACUUGUAUCUGUUUCGUGUCCGGAAGAUCUUGAAAAUAUGAUGGAUGAGUAUGAAAAGUUGGUUCAAAGAGCCUCGGAUGGGUCAGCUAAAUUGAGGGUGUUUCUGUUUUCGGCUUCAGAGCUGGAAUCGUCCAGUGUGGUGCAAUUAAUAGAUAUGCAAGAUAGUGGACAGAAGUAUGUUGAGGCAGUGAAUGGGAUUAGUGGUCUUGGUCUUACUAGAAAAGGGAGUAACGCUAGUGCGGGUUCCACUCAGAAUUCAGAAUUUAGUGGCUCUGAAGCUGUUGAUAGCUUAGGUCAAGGUCACGGUCAAGGGGAGCUUAGAAAUGUACCUUCUUUCGAAACACUAUCACCUAGUGGAACUUCUGCUACCUCUCAAGAACCUUCUAUUGCUCCAAUGGCCAUUCCAGUAGUCGUUCCUGGGCCAGUGCCAACCCUAUCUGCUCCGCCGGAGCAUGUGCUAGAGAAAACUCUGCCUGUCACUGCACAGCAGCAACAAAUGGGUUAUGAUAUGCAGCAAAUAGGAGUGACGUAUCCAGGAACUACACCAUAUGUCCCGGCUUAUGUGGAUCCUCAAACCCGUGCAGAUUAUGUUCAAGUCCCUUCUCAGAUGGGAUUCCCGCGACAGAUUUUGGGUACUGUUGGGCCAGUAAUGAAUCAGCAGCAGCAUAUAAUUGCUGGCGCUCCGACUCAGCAGUUUGUCCCUGCUUUUCAUCACAUGACAAUGACUCCUUCCGGCCACGUCAGUAUGAAUCCCAAUCUGGUUCAGCCCCAACAUGUUAGGUUAGAACAUUAUCCUGCAGAAGGCAAAAUGGCUCAGAGAGUUGUGCAGUUUCCUCUUGACCAAGGAUAUAGUGCUUAUCAGCCUCAUGCCCCUUAUGGAUGGCACCAGAUUCCGCAUACCCAGCAGGUGCCACCUCUUUCCGAAGGCCAGGUGCCUCAACCGCUUGUUACUGGUUCCGAGGCAUUGCCUAGGUUUGAUGACUGUCUAAUGUGUCAAAAAUCGCUGCCUCAUGCACACUCGGAUCCAGUAGUACAAGAGCAAAGAGAGAGUCCUGCAAGCACAGUAUCUGAUUUUAAUCCAGUGUAUCACAGCCUUAGGUUGGAUGAGAGGGGGCGGCCUAUUUACCAAGCUGUUACAACCGGAACCCUGGGUGAGGGAGCUGCUGUUGGACAAAGAAUUGGGGCUCAGAUAGAUCACGGAGCUGGAAAAGGUCAAGGUGAGGUAAUUGGAGUCUCACAAACUGUCGAUAAACAGUAUGAAUAUGAUAGAAACCUCCAAAAGCCCGAGUUUCCAGAGCACCCAAAGGUGUCAGCACCGCAAGGUAUGAUAGGGUUAACAGGUACGAUGCAAUCACCUUAUGGAGUUUUUGUUGGUGGUGUUCCUCAACCGUGCCAUGUUAAUGCCACUGAGCAGCUACUGGUUCCAUCACAGUAUCAGGUUAAACAGGAAGUUGCUGCGAACAGACCGGGCAAUAGUGAUUUCCUUAAAGUUGGAGGCGGCUUGCCUGGUCAAACACUGGUGGAUAACUUAAGUGGUGAAUCACCCAAGAAUUGUGGUGGAACUGCUGCACCUACCAUGCUUCCGAAAGAAGAUGAUAUAAUAGAAUCUGUAACAGCUUACAACCAUUUGAGUCAAAUUGAGGGAAGGAUGGAAAAUCUUCUUAUGCACCCUGCUGAAAUUUUAGCAAGUAAUGAGCAGAGUAAGCCAGCUGUUGAUAACUUUAGAAGGGAAGACAUCUUGAAUAACAGAGUACAACAGUUCGGUGGGAGGGAGGGAUAUCCAGGUUUGGUUACAAGUAACGUGAAUGCAAAUGAAAUACCUAUUUCUACAAAUGAGACUCCUAUUAUGACUAAUCCAGUCGUGCAUGCCCAACCAAACUAUGGGGUGAAUAACUUGAUCCCAGGUGAAAUCUCCUCCCAUGCAAUAGAAAGAAUUCCAGCUAUUGGUGAAUGGAAAGAUGGGGCUCAGCAUUUCCAGUCAAUGUUGAGUCCUACAACUGCGGAAAUGGCCGUAUUCGAUGCUACUGCACCAUCUGUACAGGAGAACUCAAAUUCUCUAUAUAGCAACCAGGAUCCCUGGAAUUUGCAACAUGAUGCCCAUUUCCCUCCUCCUAAACCUAGUAGACUUCAGCUAAAAAAGGAAGCUGCUGGCACCAAGGAUUAUUCUGGUGACAAUUCUUUUGGCAAUGCUAAUGGUGGAUUACAAACACAGAUUAGGUUGGAGGAUGGAGCUUACCUUCCCUCAGGUAAUACAGAUUUCGGCUCAGAUCAAUCACGGUCCAAGAAAGGCUCAGAGGACGAAAUGAUCAAGCAAGAACUUCAGGCUGUUGCUGAGGGCGUCGCUGCUUCUGUUCUUCACUCAUCAACUCCAUCUAAUGCUGACCUGUCCCCAUCUUCAAGCCAACGGAAUGCUGAACUUGAAACCACUAAUGCUGGAAAGGACCCCAAGGAUAAAUUUGAGGAAACUAAAAGUAAAUUUCCAGAGAAAGCAAAUCUCGGGUUUCCUGUAUCAGAUGGCAUUGGACGCUUACAGAUUAUAAAAAAUGGUGACCUCGAGGAGAUUCGGGAAUUGGGUUCUGGUACAUUUGGCACUGUUUAUCAUGGAAAGUGGAGGGGUACUGACGUUGCAAUUAAAAGGAUUAAUGACAGGUGUUUUGCUGGGAAAGCUUCAGAACAAGAGCGCAUGAGGGAUGAUUUCUGGAAUGAGGCCAUCAAACUUGCAGACUUGCACCAUCCAAACGUUGUUGCCUUCUAUGGUGUUGUGCUAGAUGGUCCAGGUGGCUCAGUGGCGACUGUUACAGAAUAUAUGGUUAACGGGUCCUUGAGAAAUGCUUUACAAAAGAACGAGAGGAAUCUGGAUAAGCGGAAACGCCUCGUGAUCGCCAUGGAUGUUGCAUUUGGAAUGGAGUAUUUGCAUGGGAAGAAUAUAGUGCACUUUGACUUGAAAAGCGACAAUCUGUUGGUUAAUCUGCGUGAUCCGCACCGUCCAAUAUGCAAGGUUGGUGAUUUGGGGUUAUCCAAAGUGAAAUGUCAAACACUAAUCUCAGGCGGUGUACGAGGAACACUCCCCUGGAUGGCGCCAGAACUUCUCAAUGGAAGCAGUAGUCUUGUCUCUGAGAAGGUUGACGUUUUCUCCUUUGGAAUUGUACUGUGGGAACUUCUUACCGGAGAAGAACCAUAUGCCGAAUUGCACUAUGGGGCUAUCAUUGGUGGUAUCGUGAGUAAUACCUUGCGGCCUCCUGUGCCCGAGUCAUGUGACCUAGACUGGAAAUCACUGAUGGAGAGAUGUUGGUCAGCUGAACCGUCGGAGAGGCCUAACUUUACUGAGAUCGCCAAUGAGCUACGAGUGAUGCAAUCAAAGAUCCCUCCCAAAGGACAAAACCAACAAUCACCUCCCUCAGCAAAUACCAACCAAGCUAAAAGUUGAUUUUCCCCGCUGUCCUUUAAAGUUGUUUUUUUAUUAACCUGGAUUGACGUGUUAAAGCUCAACUUAGGUAUAUAAAUUAGCUCAAAUGUAACCAUAAUAUAGUGGUCUCUUGUCUUUAUUUUCUGGUUUUCUAGAUUUGCAUUCCAUUCCAUUCCAUUUUAUUGGCUUCAUUUGGUGUUCUAAUACAGUCAAACAUGGUUGUGAGAUGCUGACCAAAGUUACAUAUAAGCAAAAAAAGUAACAUUAGCAUUUU